CACAUUUUAAUAAGAAGAAAGAAUCCGAAAAAGGCAUGAGACAACGACCCAACUCAUUCUCGUUUGGCAGCUGAAACUAAACCACAGUGGAAAGAGUCACCGUCGCAAGUUCAUAGGCUCCUGUUGGUGGGUUAGAUACUAGAUACAGAGAAGCUAGCGAACUGGUUUUGCUUGUUAGCCGGGUAUUUAUGUGAGGGUGUUAUUUGGUUACUUAAUCCGGAUUCCUCCAAAAUGCCUAACAUAAAGAUAUUCAGCGGUACCUCUCAUCCGGACCUUGGCCAAAAAAUAUCCGACCGCCUGGGACUUGAGCUGGGGAAGGUUGUGACCAAAAAAUUCAGCAACCAGGAGACAUGCGUGGAGAUCGGGGAGAGUGUCAGAGGAGAGGAUGUCUACAUUGUCCAGAGUGGUUGUGGUGAGAUUAAUGAUAACUUAAUGGAGCUCCUCAUCAUGAUCAAUGCCUGUAAGAUUGCCUCUGCCUCACGAGUCACGGCUGUCAUCCCCUGUUUCCCAUAUGCAAGACAAGACAAGAAGGACAAGGUGGGGAGUCGGGCUCCCAUCUCUGCAAAGCUGGUGGCCAACAUGUUGUCAGUGUCAGGAGCCGAUCACAUAAUCACCAUGGACCUGCACGCCUCGCAGAUACAGGGGUUCUUUGAUAUCCCUGUGGACAAUCUAUACGCGGAGCCAGCUGUGCUGAAAUGGAUCAAAGAGAACAUCAAUGAGUGGAAGAAUUGCACCAUUGUGUCUCCUGAUGCUGGAGGAGCCAAAAGGGUCACCUCUAUAGCAGACAGGCUGAAUGUGGACUUUGCCCUAAUCCACAAAGAGAGGAAGAAGGCUAACGAGGUGGACCGCAUGGUCCUGGUGGGGGACGUGAAGGACCGAGUGGCCAUCUUGGUUGAUGACAUGGCAGACACAUGCGGCACCAUCUGCCACGCUGCAGAUAAGCUAGUGUCUGCUGGAGCCACAAAGGUCUACGCCAUCUUGACCCAUGGGAUCUUUUCAGGCCCUGCUAUCACCCGCAUCAACAACGCCUGUUUUGAGGCUGUGGUUGUCACAAAUACCAUCCCUCAGGAGGAUAAGAUGAAACACUGUUCAAAAAUACAGGUUAUUGACAUCUCCAUGAUUCUAGCUGAGGCUAUUCGCCGGACACACAACGGCGAGUCAGUGUCGUAUCUCUUCAGCCAUGUUCCCUUGUAACAUCCCAUGAACAACCCCACCCUGCUUUCACCGGAAACCUGUACCAAAGGACGGAUGUCUGGAGCACCACCAUCAUCUCAGCCCAUCCAUUUAUUCCCCAUCGAAGGAAGGAAGGAAGGAAGGACAUACUGUGGGGUCAAUUUAAAAAAAGCUCCUUGCCAAUAUUCUGUUACACUGCACUGGCUAUCAACUGGUUUGACCUUUUGACUUACCAAAUGAAGAUUUUAGUAAAUUGGUUUAUUAAUAUGCCAGGCUGUUUCAUAUUGGCAUUGUCUGCCAUGUUUCACAUAGGCAUUGUUUAUUACAAGAUUGAAAAGCUCUAGUUUACAUUGCUGCUGAAAGCCAUUUUGAGAGAAAUGUUCACGCCAAUAUGGCAUUAUGUUUAAGGAGCUUCUUAUUUUGUUACUGAUCUGUUUUCCGCUACAAGGCGGUCUAUCUACUUGCGUUUCCUAGAUAAUGUUAUAAUUUUGAGAUGCUUGUACUGAUAGAACUCUGCGUUUACACAGUUCAACAACAAAGCAUUGUGUACUGUUUACAUCCAUGCUUUAGUUAGACUUUAGUUAUUUUCAUGCCUUUGUAUUUCAAGCUAUAUUCUAGGACGUGUUUGCAGUUCCAAUUCCAAGUGUCCUUAGUUCUAUGCCUUGGUGUGUUGAUACCAUGAUUUUAAUAUUUAGUUGCAUGAUUUUUAUGUAGUUGUAAUCAAAGCAUGACUUGCAGUGCACACAUACAGGUAACUGCCAAAAUAAAGGAAACACCAGCAUA